AUGCCUCGUAAGCAUAGCUCCCGUCGCCACUCUGUCAGCUUCCUAGAAGCUCUUGGACAGUGGACUAUGGGCCCUGAGUCUUCUCGUCGCACUUCUCGUCACGGUGGCCGUCCACAUCGCCAUACCGAAGCGUAUAGACAGGCUCGUCUUGACAAUGCACCGCCUGAACUGAACCUCACAGCUCGUCAGUGGCGGGAGUAUGCCGAUCAAGUCCCUGCCGGAUACUGCACAGAUGCAGAGGAUGGAGAUGACAGCCGUGAGAAUACGAGACGGUCUCUCCCCCCUGAAAAACAGCCUGAGCCGGGCCCCUUUCGCUCUGCAUGGUCACACUCUUCGAGUUCAGCAGUGACUCGUGCACAUGGGGCUGUUAGACAACGAGACUCGCUUUUGGAUCGCAUUGUAGGUCGCACGUCCAUGCAGGAACCUACCAGCCCGCUUUCGCGAAAUGACGUAAGUUUCAAUGCUAACAACGAUCAACUGUUCGCUAAUGUUCCUAACUUUGAGGUAAGGCGAGAUAUAGACGACGUUUUCGUUCAUCAGCAGCGAGCUAGUGAGAGUUUUGGGCAGCGGACAGGCGAAGCAGGAUCCCGAGAGGACAACCAAAGAGAGACUGAGGUGAACGCCCAGUCUCUGCAAGAGUCACAAUUCUUCAGCAAUCCUCGCCCUGCUCCCCCGGUCCAACAAGUAAACUCAGAUGUAUGGCCCACAGCGCAAAACAUCUCUCGCGUGCCUCUUGAACGCUCGCGUAAUCGUGUCGGUAGCUGGCGCAACACCGUCACCGAGGUUCCUAAUGAGCGACAUGGUGCAGACCAGGAACCGUCUGUAUUCGGAGGGAGCUAUGUGACCGUUUGGCCUGGCCCAGAUCAAGGUCGCGAUGGUGCUAGUUUGGCCCCUGACGACAGUGCCACCCAGAUUCCGAUGCACCGUCGUGGGCAGGAUUGCAGAGGGCCACAUGGAUCUCGUGCUAGAGACUCUCACAAUGGGAGUUCACGACAGAGUCGCCGCCGACAUUGA